UGAAUUUACGGUGCAGCCGUCAGUACUCCAAGAAAUCGUGAUAGCUUUGGGGUAUUUUGUAGUCUCAGUUCACUGUUAGGCACGUAUAUAGGCAGCAUAAUGUUUGUUCUAGGAAAAGAAGAGUUGAAGUUGGCAGAAAAUAUGCUAAAAGGAUUAUUUCCCGAAUCAGUUAAGGUGUAUGGCUGCCUCUUUAAUAUCAACAGAGGCAAACCACAUAAUCUGGAAGUCAUUGCUGAUUCCUGGCCAGACUUCAGAGUUAUCAUAUGUAAGCAAAAACAGUCAACACAGGAUUCUCUGGAUCGGGAAGGGGAUUUUAACAUAUACAGUAUCUACUCAAAGGACAAGGAGAGCUUGCACAAACUGCUUGGUGCCUCUGGUAUUGUCAGUUGGAACCGAUUUACUUUAUUAGCAGGUGUUGAUAUCAACCACUUGGAUGCAGUGAAGGAACUUGCUGUCCAAAACAACACACCCACAGAGACAGUGGCAUCCAUGUUUGUGUUGAUGCUGGAGGAUGCCAGCCAUCUCAAGGACCCUGAAUGCGACUUCACAAGUAGAAUAACCCCUCUUACCCCUUCCCAUGCGGAGCUAGUCAACAGCAACUGGAAGUAUGGAGGAGAUGCAUGCAGCUACAGAUCUGUGCUAAACUACAUCUCCAACUACCCAAGCUUGUGUGUGAUGGACGAAAGUGGCAGGCCAGUCUCCUGGCUGUUGCUUUAUCCACACUGUGCCUUGGGCCUUCUCUACACCAUGCCUCAGCACAGACGCAAGGGCUAUGCCAAGCAGCUGAUUACCAUCAUGGCCAGGCAUCUUCUGGAGCAGGGCCACCCUGUGUACUGCUUUGUGGAAGAGGGCAACGACAUGUCCUACAGGUUGUUCACAUCCCUGGGCUUCAGGCAUAAACCAGAUUACCGUGCAGUCUGGUUUCAGCUCAAUCUCUGAUAAAUUUCUCAGUUUCUGGACAAAAUUUAUACCCAGGGCAGGUGUCUCCAGUCUUGUUCCAAGCAUGCCUUUUUGUUUUGGAAUUGUUGCCAUGCACACUGAGAGACUGUGAAGAGAAGGUGCCAGAGAAGUUUUCUCAAUGCAGGGAGGCAACGUGAUACUAUUAGAGUGUGACAGUGUAACAUUGCAGUAUUGUAGCAACAUUACACUGGCACAUUAAAAUUGACAUUGUCUUAAUGUCUUGUUAACUUGCAGCAGUCUUUUACUCUUACUAGUCCUGUUUAAGAGUAACUGGCUGUAAUACAGAACAAUUAAAAAAAUUAAGAGUUACACACAAAUACACUCCUUUCAUGAUUUUUCCCUUGCACAUCAAGGCUUGGUACAAAGCUAAGCAGGCCUGCAUGGCUAGCUACUGUGUCAAGUGCCUGACAGUCAUCUGAUUGCAUGCUGUGUAAAUGAGGCAUUGGACUGGCUAGCACUGUUAGAACUGGA